AGACAGAGAGAGAAAGGUCUUCCUUUUGCCAUUGGUUCACCCUCCAAUGGCCGCCGCUGCAGCCGGCGCACCGCGCUGAUCCGAUGGCAGGAGCCAGGAUCCAGGUGCUUUUCCUGGUCUCCCAUGGGGUGCAGGGCCCAAGCACCUGGGCCAUCCUCCACUGCACUCCCUGGCCACAGCAGAGAGCUGGCCUGGAAGAGGGGCAACCGGGACAGAAUCCGGCGCCCCGACCGGGACUAGAACCCGGUGUGCCGGCGCCGCAAGGUGGAGGAUUAGCCUAUUGAGCCACGGCGCCGGCCCAUGAAAUAAAUACAUCUUAAAAACAAAAAACAAACAAAAAAACCUGGGGCCGGCACUGUAACAUAGUGGGUAAAGUCACCUCUUGCAGUGACAACAUCCCACAUGGGUGCCGGUUCAAGUCCUGGCUGCUCCACUUCCAAUCCAGCUCCCUGCUAAUGCACCUGGGAAAGCAGCAGAAGCUGGCCCAAGUGCUUGGGCCCCUGCACCCAUAUGGGAAACCUGGAAGAAGCUCCUGGCUCCUGACCUGUCCAGCUCCAGCCAUUGUGGCCAUUUGGGGAGUGAACCAGCAGAUGGAAAGAUGGAAGAUCUCUCUCUGUCUCUUCUCUCUCUCUCUCUCUCUGUAGUGUUGCCUUUCAAAUAAAUAAAUAAAUCUUUAAAAAAAAAACCCUUAUUUUCUAAAAAGAAAUUGAAUAUUUCAAAAUAGCUAGUCUAGAGGAUUUUGAAUGUUUCCACCACAAAUAAAUGACAGAGGUCUGAGGUGACAGAUAUGCCAAUUAUCCUGAUCUGAUAAUCACGUUUUAAACAUGUAUCAGAAUGUCACACUGUACCUCAUAAAUGUGUAUGAUUACUAUGUGUCAAUUAAGAAUAAAAAUGGGCCCUCCCGGCCACUUGGCUCCCACCCCUCCUCCACAGCGCUCCGGGACCAUGGCCGACCCUCGCAUGAGGCAGAUCAAGAUCAAGACCUGCGUGGUGAAGCGAUUAGUCAAAGAAAAAGAGAUGUACGAAAAAGAAGCAAAACAACAAGAAGAAAAGAUUGAAAAAAUGAGAGCUGAAGAUGGUGAAAAUUAUGCCAUUAAAAAGCAGGCGGAGAUCCUGCAGGAGUCCCGCAUGAUGAUCCCGGAUUGCCAGCGCAGGCUGGAAGCCGCCUACACCGACCUUCAGCAGAUACUAGAAAGUGAAAAAGACUUGGAAGAAGCCGAGGAAUAUAAGGAAGCCCGGCUAGUCCUGGACUCGGUGAAGUUGGAAGCCUGAAACCUGUCUGCGCAGGGUGCUUUUCGCGCUAAAGCCUGGGGUCCACUCUACAGUUCAUUACUGACCACUGCUCUGUUCAAUGUGAUUGUUCUUAUGCAGUUACAUGUAUUUUUCUUUGCCUCAUUUAGUACAUCAAUGAGUUUAUCUAAUAAGCUUGUUUAUUUCAGAUUUUAUAAAUAUUUUUAUUAACCUGUUAUCAUUCAAUCUCAUAGAUAUUUUUGACAAAAAUAAAAUCUGUAGAUUCUGUUUGAAGUCUAGCUAUUUUCCUUCAGAAACAUGAAUUGAGUUAAAAUAGGAUAACCCCACCACCACCACCACCCCCUUUUUUUUUUUUUUUUUUGAGUAAAAAUCUAAAUCGUUCGGCUGGCACUGUGGCUCACUGGGUUAAAGCCUUGGCCUGCAG